AUGACGAGCUUCUUGCCAGGGCCAGGGUUUCUUCCUGAGGGGUUGGAAGGAGCGAUAAAAAGGAAGCCUAGUCAACUAAUUAUGCUGGUGAAGUCCAGAAUGGUGCAAUUUGGGAAUCUGCAGGAAGAUGUCCUCUCCAAAACGAUGAGACUCUCCUAUCUCAUUAGCUUCUGUACGAGCUCCCGGCAUGCCUCGCUCCGGGCGGGGGAGGGCGAAGGGACUCGGCUGGGCCGCGGGCCCGGCGCGCGGGCCGCGCCUGCGCCGUGUGCGUCGGGGGAGGGGACGGUCGGGCCAUUUAAAUGUGUGUGUGCCAGCGAAAUGGCUGCGCAGGUCGGAGCGGUGCGCGUCGUCAGGGCGGCGGCGGCGGCGGCGCCCGAGGAGCCGGACAAAGGCGGGAAGGAGAAGGCGCGGGGGGCCAAGCGGCAGCGGCGGGCCGGCAGCGCGGGGCCCCGGGACAAGCGGGGCCGGCCCGGCCAUGAGCCGCCGCCCGCGCUCCCUCAUCGCCGCCGCCGCCGCCAGCAGCCGGGCCCGCCUCCGCCGCCUCCGCCGCCGCCCAUCGCCGCAGCCCCCGCCGCCCCCGCCGCCCCCGCCGCCCCGGGCCCCGACCGGCCCCCGCCGCCCCCGCUCCCCCUCCCCGCCGCCGCCGCCGCCGCCGCCGCCUCGCCCGCCGGCCCGCUCUUCACCUUCUCCCCCCUGACGCUGAGCCCGGCGGGGCCCAGACACAAGGCCCACCGGGAGCGGGAGCGGCACCGGCACCAUCACCGGCACCGCGGCCCCGCCGGGACCCCCGCGCCCCCCCGGCGCAGCGACGGCCCCGAGCACAAGGGCAAACGGGAGAACGGCGGAGGCCCGCCCGCCGCCCCCGACACCAUCCCCAAACGAGAAACUCCUGAUGAAAACGGUAAAGCCCAGAGAGCGGAUGACCUUGUGAUGAAGAAGAUAAAGAAGAAAAAGAAAAAGAAACACCGAGAAGACAUGCGAGGGAGACGCCUUAAAAUGUACAACAAAGAAGUUCAAACUGUGUGCGCAGGCCUGACCCGCAUCAACAAGGAGAUCUUAACCCAAGGGCAAGUAAACAACAGUUCAGAAGUUAGCAAGGAAUCCUUCAGGUAUCUGAAGGAUGAGCAGCUGUGCCGAUUGAAUUUGGGCAUGCAAGAAUACAGAGUGCCCCAGGGAGUGCAAACCCCGUUUAUGACUCACCAGGAGCAUUCUAUUCGUAGCAGCUUCUUAAAAACAGGCACUAAAUUUAGUAACUUUAUACAUGAGGAGCACCAGUCUAAUGGUGGGGCUCUGGUCCUUCAUGCCUACAUGGAUGAACUCUCAUUUUUGUCUCCAGUGGAGAUGGAGAGAUUUGCCGAGGAGUUCCUGGCUUUGACGUUCAGCGAAAAUGAAAAAAAUGCAGCUUACUACGCUUUAGCGAUCGUGCAUGGAGCAGCUGCAUAUCUGCCAGACUUCCUGGACUACUUUGCUUUUAAUUUUCCCAACACUCCAGUGAAAAUGGAAAUUCUGGGCAAGAAAGACAUUGAAACAACAACAAUUUCAAACUUUCACACUCAGGUCAACAGGACAUACUGUUGUGGAACUUAUCGAGCGGGUCCGAUGCGGCAGAUAAGUCUUGUGGGAGCAGUAGAUGAAGAAGUUGGUGAUUAUUUUCCAGAAUUCCUUGAUAUGUUAGAGGAGUCACCAUUUUUAAAAAUGACUUUGCCCUGGGGUACACUCUCCAGCCUCCGACUCCAGUGUAGAUCCCAGAGUGAUGAUGGCCCCAUAAUGUGGGUGAGGCCAGGAGAACAGAUGAUUCCUACAGCAGAUAUGCCAAAGUCACCCUUCAAGCGGCGUCGAUCAAUGAAUGAAAUAAAAAAUCUCCAGUACCUACCUCGGACCAGCGAGCCCCGUGAGGUUCUCUUUGAAGAUAGGACAAGAGCCCAUGCUGAUCAUGUGGGACAAGGGUUUGACUGGCAGAGCACAGCUGCUGUAGGAGUUUUGAAAGCUGUUCAAUUUGGUGAAUGGAGUGACCAGCCACGGAUAACCAAAGAUGUGAUUUGUUUUCAUGCUGAGGACUUUACUGAUGUUGUGCAGAGACUUCAGUUAGACCUCCAUGAACCUCCAGUGUCACAGUGUGUUCAGUGGGUGGAUGAGGCCAAAUUAAACCAAAUGAGGCGGGAAGGCAUUCGUUACGCUAGAAUCCAGUUGUGCGACAAUGAUAUCUACUUCAUCCCCAGAAAUGUCAUCCAUCAGUUCAAAACCGUGUCCGCAGUAUGCAGCUUAGCUUGGCACAUAAGGCUUAAGCAGUAUCAUCCUGUCGGGGAAGGCACUGAAGAUGCUGAAAGCAAUUCUAAUAUGGACUCUGAGAUAUCUGGAAAGACAGAGUCGGAAACCGUCCCCCAGUGUGUGAGCGUAAAAACUGAGGCUGAAGAAACCAGUGGAAAAAUGCAACUCAUGACAACUGCUUCUUCAUCCUUUUUGCCUACGUCGGGAUUUGUUCUGCCACCAGAUCAGGUGGCUCAGCCACUUCCAGCCUUAAAGCUGGAACCCUGUCCGGAAUCCGAUCAACUACACUAUCCGCAGGCGUGAGGAUUCAAUCUUCAAAAUGGGAACACCUUGGAGUUACAGAUCCUUAUUUGGUAAAUUACUCGCUUCCCUUUCUUUUACUUUGUCCUGUGUGCCAUAUUGGCUACUUUUACAAUGAAAUUUUCAAUUAAUGUCUGAAUUUUUACAUGCAAACUCAAUAUUUAUGGUAAAGAUGGCGUUGAUUGCCGAUAUAAGUCCUGGUGGUCAAAAAGCUAGCAAAUAUGGCAUCCAGUUCCCCCACCACAAAAAGUACCUUCUCUGGAUAAUUUAGUGAUUCCAGUUUUGUUUUGUUUUAAUGAGAGAAAGCACAGCACUUUUAUGGAUCACAAAUGUCUUCUGUGUCUAUUCUUGAAAGCCCAGUGAAUAUUUCAAGAGCAAAAUCUAUAAAUCGGGAGUCCUCGGAUAUUUCCAUCCUUCAUAAAUUUGGGACGCAGGGUUCGCUUUGGAAAGCAAAUGGCGUGGUUGGAUAAUGACGCUUUGCUAGCAUUCCACACAUUUGGUAUGGAGACUGGGCAUAAGAAACUAUCAGUAGUAGUGGAUUUAGGGAGGCUACUGGCAUUCUUACUGAGCCCUAAACUGUAGUGAAACUUUUCUGGGUCUAUCACCUGAUUUCAGCCGCCUUGGCAGUUUAGAGAUGCUUUUGGUACAUUUAUCUCUCAGUGGCUCAUCUUGUGAGUAGUUGGCUCAUUUUAAACCCUUUUGGUGUUACUAUUCCACUGUGAGGAAUAGUGGUACUAGAUUUUUCACUGUAGAGCUUUCGACAACCCAAAUGCUGUGGUGCCUGGAACCUUUUUUUUUUUUGACAGGCACAGCUAAUAUAGCUAGUAUGGUCUUAUUUUUUAAUAUUGCAAAAUGUCAACAUGGUGUACACUUCAUUUUUUUUUUAUCGGUUCACUAGUAGGCUUUCCGUUAGAAGGAAGGGUCUUACCCGUUUCUCUGACCAGACUGAUAUCCGCGUGGUUAUGGUUUGUUUAAGGGUUUGUUUCUUUUACCCUCUGGAGUGAGAUUUGGAGUAUUUAUACUAGCAUAGGCAGAAGAAUAUGCUGCGUCAUUGUCUGUCACUAAGAAACUUCGCUGCAUCUUCUGAAAUAUCAAUUAUGAAUUUUCUCAACAUUUCUGAAUAGUUUAAAUCUGUUAUAAAUAUUACUUUGUGCAAUAUUGUUGUGUAGUUAUAUGCAUAUUAGCACAGUAUAAAGGUCACUGUUUUGAACUGAUAGAAGAGUAACCAUCAGAAAAUACUGCAGUGAUUAGUUAGAAUCUGUAUUAUUAUUCCUUAUAUAUAUGUAUGUAUAUGUAUGUAUUGUUACAAAAGAUGAAGACAAUUACAGAAACAUUUCAAUUUAAAAGCGUUAAUUUACAAAUUGGAAGUGGUAGUACAUGUUUAGUAAUCUGUGUAAAUAAGGUAUUAGAGUGGAAAGCUUUUUUAUGAAAGGUAAUGUGAUUCACGCAGGGGUGUUUUUAAAUCUUGGGUAAUUCAAAAAUUAAAAGAAAAAAUAUCUUAAUUUAUCAAGGCUGGUUUUUAGAUGUGCCCUGAGUUCCUCAGCUUUUGUCACUUAAAAUGUUUGGGUUUCUUGACCGGAAGAAUUGCAGAGAGUUUUACCAGGCUGUGCAAAGUAAAAUUCUUCUCAGGCCACUUUUUGUUUCAACACAGUUUUGAUAUUUAUAAUGAUCAUGAGCAACGUAAGCAAAUAUUCUUUCAGUUACUCUUCACUCUUUUUUCUUGUCUUCCAAGAUCCCAUUUCCCCUUCUCCCACUUGCCAUCCAGCAGAUGCCCCCAGGCAUCCAAGCUGGUCAUUGCUAACAAACAAGGAGACUGUCUCCUGACAGCCAGCACUGUGUAUAAUUCACUCAGGAACCAGCAAAUCUGCAAAGACCUUAGAAUCAAAAGCAAACCUCCGUUUUUUUGGUGGGUUUUUUGGGGGUUUUUUUUUUGUGUGUGUGUGUGUCUUUAAAGCAUUCUACCCACACCUCCAGUAUAAACAUUUUUAAAGUGUAAAACUUCUUAGAUCACGUAGUUACAGAUUUCAUUGUAUCUUAGAAUUGCAGUAGAAUGGAAAGGGAAACAUUUAGCUUGUAUCGUGUAUCUGGAAACUCUGAAUGUCCUAUGUGAGUAUUAGAAUUUUAAUAGCAUGCUUUUAACAGACUGAUGAAUAAUAAAGCAGGCAGGCUUGAGUUUCAUACUGCUUUCAAAACCGUAUCCUAGGUAAGUGAAACAAAUACAACUUUUCUAAUCACUGAAUUACUUGGUUCUGUGACUUGAGGCAUAGACCAAUUUUACGUUCCCUCAUUUUUAGGAAUUCAUAGCAAUUUUUGAACUUUGAAUUUGAUCUUCCUCUUCUGUAUAAACCCAGUGUCAACUUUUUUUUUUUUUAAGAGAUUACUUGCUGAGUGUGGCUGCUUAUUUUAUUUGUAGAGCAGGACAGGAAAACAUUUCUUGUGGAAAGGACCUGAUGAAAUGAAUGUUCUUCACCAUACUAACUACAGUGUAUUAAGAAAGGCAUGACCAGGAUGUGAUUCUUCUGAUUUCCAAAACUGUGAAUACUAAGUGUGAGGACUUCCUCAGUUGAGUGAAGAAUGCAGUCUGUUUGAGGACACUGAAGGUGAAAUCAAACUUGGGGAUCAUUUUUAAAGUAAGAUCAUGAAGAGGGGGGAAUGUAAAUGUAAGCAGUGACCGUUACUACUCUUUCUUAAAAAAAGGUAGUUGAAACGAAGUAAUUGUCCUGUUGAUCCUUUAUGUAUAAAAGACCUUGAAGGGAAGCUAUUUAUUAGGUAUCAGAGCAGUCUUAGUCUUGAAUUUGGUAAAAUUGCUCAAAUGCCAAGUUUUCUAAAUCCAAAGGAUCCUUGUCUGAGCAUUUAAUUCAUCUGCCUUAACCUAUUAAAAUGCCUACUUUAGUCUGAGGCCCUAGUUGAACAUCAGAAUGAUCCUUUUUCCUUUUAGAAGUAAUUGGAGAUAAAAUACUAAGGUGAGGAAGAAGACACAUUUGUGUUGGGAAAGCAGCCUGCUAGCAAAGUCAUUUCUACUGAAACUCUAGGGGAAAGAUCUUAUUCCAGCCAAUUUUUGAUGGUUAAGCAGUUCAAUUAAAUUCAGUUAAUUCAAACCUAAAUAAAACUUUACUUCUGUUCCCUUUCUACCUUUCUGACCUGCCUUUCCCUUUAGCUGGAGCAUUUAUAAUAUAUAGACUGGCCUUUUCCAACUGAAUAAAAUUGAAUCCAUUAAGUGAAUGAAAUGACUCUCCAGUUUGCAUUGUCUCCAAGAAAAUCAGCAGCUAGUGCAUAUAUAUGACACUCUGGCAGUAGACUCUGUCCACAUUUGCCACUGAAAGUUGUGUUCCCAUUAAUGGGGCAGCUUAAUCCAUGUCUUUGGUAAGGCUGUUUGGUCAAUGCCACAGGAUAAAUUGAACUCCGCCCUUUCCUGGCCUGAACCACUAGUCGCAAAUUUCAAGUUUUUAUGGUGAGAAUUUUAUUUUUAUAAAUACAGAAUGUAGCCAUAUUGAUCCUUCAGUGGGUAGAGAUAAACGUUUUUCUUCAGGACCUGAAAAGGGGACCUUUUCUUAUCCUGAAAGUACAUACUGCAAAUUAAAGCGUUAUGUUUGAAGAGCAAGUGUCUUUCCAUAAAUGUUAUGGCCUUCCCAUGUUGUUCAUAGAUUUUUUAGGACCCACUUGUGCAUGUAGUUGAGGAGUAUCACUUCUCUUAUUAUAGCACUUUUCAAUUCUCUAAAAAAUACUUAUGUACUACUAUCACAUGUUAUAAACUCCAUGUAAUAGUGUUUUCUGUGACUUAACUCCAUUUUUAUUGGCAGCUAGGACUUUUUUUUCCUGUGGCUUUAAUUUAUCUAAGAGGUCUUUGCAUAUAGAUGAAAUGUAUAAUUUGCCUGGAGGACUGUUUGCAUUGUGCGGCCUUAGUAUGUUUAUUGACAUUAACAGGUGUUUUGAAGAGGUUUUUAAUUAAUAGUGUAAACCUAAAUCUUAAGCCUCUAUGUGUAUAAUAAUCCUUUAACAGUGCAUUUCUUUUUGUAGUUGACUGUCCAAGCGUGUUAAACUGUUAAGCUAUUUCUUUGUAAAAUAGUACAAUGGAAUGCAUAGAGUUUUUUUUUCCUGUAAAGUAUUUUUUUAAUAAACAAAGUCUGAUUUGUCCUUUACUAAA